CGUUCACACCAUACUCAGUAAGUAAACAUACAUAACAACAUCACAUCAUAGAUUGAAUGAAUAGCGGAAAAUAUUCAACGGUCAAUCAUAAGCCACAUAUGGCAAAACGUAGGCUCGCAGGCCAAAAACAAUGUAAUAUUACAAAAGUAUCCAUGAGCAUAGUUUAUGAUUUGAAAUAAUAAAGGAAACACGAAUCAUGUCUUCCUCUAGAUUCUUUUCACCCUUGCAAAGGUGUAGACAACAGGCUCUAGCUCCAACCUGAAAUGGUGGCCCCCCCAAAGGGGUCAGUACAAGUACCGAGCGAGUAGCAAGCUAAAUGUAGAGUAACUAAUGUUUCAAGUAUAAGACCCAAACAUAGGGUGAUACAUAUACUCAUACUUCUUUACCCCAAGUUACAAAAUUGAUGGUCCCAGAUAGAGGUAAAAGUCUAGAGGGGGGGGGGGGGGGUGAAUAGACUUUUAAAGCUUUUUCGACUUUUAAAAGUUCUCCCUCUAAGGAGUUUGAUCUAUAAUCCUUUGGGAGAAUUAUAGAUGCACAGCGGAAGUCUUUAACCUCUUAGCUAAAUGGUGUAUAACAACUUUCUAUGAUGGAUGAAGUUUGGGCUUUGUAAGGUGAGCAGUUGGCUUGGCAGUUGGCUAGAAAGCAGGGAACUGCUGAGGCAACUGCUAGCGAAAUGCUCAGUGUAUGAUGAAAGUGCACUCAGAAUCUUUCUUAGAGUGGGAAGAUCUCUCUGAUGAUAUGACAAGGUAGAUUGAUAAUCAAUCUUAACUAAAGCGGUGGUCUUAGCAGUUGAGUGGUAACCAGGGAACUGCUGAGGCACCUGUUUAAGUAAAAGUGAAGGUAUGGGAGGAUUGAUUAUAUGGUGUUGCUCAAGAUGAUGUGGGUUUUCUGAAGAUGUGAAAUAGUUCAAGUAAGUGGGAGUUUUACUGGAACAAUGGUCUCACCAGUUGGGUGAUAUUGAGGGAACUGCUGAGGCAACUGCUGGGUUACCACUUUGAACCACAUUAAUUAGUUUGAACAAACUUCUUGGAGAUAGAGUUGUGAAGGUCUGGUGAAGUGGAGAUGUUCAAAGGAAACACUUUUGCAUGAGCAGUGGGAUUAGCAGUUGGGAAGUCCUAAGGGAACUGCUGAGGCAACUGCUAUGCCUUAAGUAGGAUUUCCUGAAAUCUAAUGGAACAGAUCUUAUAGUUGUGAUAUUGUGAAGCUCUUGAAUCUCAAAGAGAGUGAGUAAUUAAGCAGUAGGAUAAGCAGUUGGGUCAAUUAAGACAACUGCUUAGGAUGCUGUUGGCAAACUACGAUCUUUAUGUGAGAAGUGUUCAGUGUGUGCUUUGUUAACUGAAAAUGAAUCAACACACAGUAUAUCCUGGUUCAGAGGUGGUGUAAUCCUCCUACAUCCAGUCCCACCCUCUUUCAGAUGGAUUUCACUAAUGUAUUAAGCCCAAUACACUUAGUGCCAAUCUAGCCUUGACAACUCUGGCCUAGAUUGAAGGUGUUUCACGAGGAGUACAACACCACUCCAGGCUACUCAAUCCUUUAGGUUUUCUCAAUUGAUCCAGUGGGGAUCAAAAGGUACUCCUGACCUAUCUAACCACACUCAGGCCGGGAACAACUGUCCUCCUGAAGUGUUUACAACAAUUUCUGAUCUUGUUACAAGAAAGUUCUAACCUCCAAUUAGGAACUAAACUUCUAGCAUUUUGGAAAUGAAGAGCUUGGUACUAAGAAGUUUAGUGAAGCAAGAGACUAAGCAAAGAGUCGUGGAUAGAAUAACAUUUUUCUUUUGCUGGAUAUUUCUUGAAUGCUCAAUAGAUGAUCUCUCUACUUAGGAUGCUCAAGCUUGGUUAGAAACUUUCGUUUCAGCCUAUAUUUAUAGGCCCUCCGGUUAAUUGAUCUUAUCUGUUGGUUAGGAUAGAUCAAUCUUGUGCGUUGAAUUUGUUCGCAAAAGAUAAACAACUUGUUGUUUAUUUUCUUCUUCGGAGCGUAUGGGUUCUUUUGUCUUGCCCGCCUAGCCACUGUAGAUUUCUUUUUAGGCUUCAGACUGUGCGCCCAUGCUGUAUGUCAAUGUACCUGUCUUCAAUUAUUUUUAUUCGCUGAAAUAUCUCUUUUGUGUGCGUCUUCAAUGCUCCGGACCCCAGUACGUAUUUGGCAUUAAAUGUCGGCGAGCAUCGUGACAUACGAAUAAUUUUUGAGUCAAAUAGUAUUUGCCGGUAGGAUUCAAGUAUCCUAUUAAGGUAAAGAAAUUUUACCUUAUUGCAUUUUUACUUUUCAGUAAUAUUUCUUAGACUCAAAAAUUGUACACUUAAUUUGUCACGUUAAAAUGAGACACAAUGUACACGUGCUAGGUAUAGUGGCAUCAUCAAAAUCCUAUCAAAAUUGGGUACUAACAAUUUCCCCCUUUAUUGAUUUUCAUUGGAUUUUUUUACAUUGUUCUAAAGUCUAGAGUACAAUAGUUUAUAGUCAGUUUCGGACUUUUGAUCUAUUCUACUCUUCUCCCUCUUUUGCUUUCUUCUUGGUUUCUUCCUUAGCCUUGGCUUCUUCAGCUUUCCUCUUUCUGAUUUCCAUUUCUUCUUGUAGCUGCUUGUUCUUCAUUCUAGUUUUAGUUGCUUUCUUGGCUGCUAGGGAUCUUUUAGAUGAGGGGCCUGCUUGUGUUGUUCUUUCCCCCUUUUUGGCAUCAACAGGGGUCUCACCUUCUCUGAAGAGUGCUUCUAUUUCCGGGUCAGACUCAGGCUCUUCUUGCAUUUUUCUUGUUGGAUCUAGGCCAUAGACCUUGAUGGUCAAGGCUUUGAUGUAGUUAUUGACGUCCAGCAGAUCCGUUCUUACUUCAUCUCUGACUUCAUUUUCAAGCCUUUGAACACUUUGGUUGGUUGUUUCCGAAUUCUGGCCCAGUCUUUGAAUGUCACUUCCAUGCUUUAGGAAUGCCUCUUGGGUGGCUUUGUGAAGGUCAUUGAGGUGUUUGGCAACCUCAGCUCGUGUCUGACCAAUUUCCUCAGAGUGUUCAACAUGCUUUGUGACCAACUUUUGUGAGAGAUGGAGAAUGGCAGGUAGCUCUUUGGUCUUUAGGUGUUGUAUGAACUCCUCAUGGGCCUGUAUUGUUAGAAGGGCCUGCUCAAGGUUGAGGGGAAGAUUGGGAAUAGCAGGUACCUGAGCAGAGACAUCUGCUGUUGGCUGGGAGGCACCUGCUUGACCGGAGGCAACUGCUAGCUCCUGGUGGGUUAGUUUCUUCAGUGAUUCUAUAAUUUGAUUUUCUAGCUCUUCAUCCCUGGCUUUCAAGACUUCAAGCUCUUUGUGAAUUGCCUUCAUUUGAGCAAGUUGCUGGGUUAGUUGGAUUUGCAACUGUGCCUUUUGUUCGGAGUUGAACACUUGCUGAAUCAUGAGAUUGCUUUUGAGAUGACAAUGAACUUCAGCAAACCUCAUCUCUAAUAGUUCAUCAAAAUGUUUCUUCAUCUUGAUUAGCCGUUUGUGCAAUCUAACCCCAGCAUUGCUUACGAAUUUGAUGGUUGCCUUUCUUUCGUUGAUGAAGACCUCAGCUAGUGUAGGAGUGUCUUCUUCAUCAUCAUGCUGAAUUUGAUCUUUGAUUUCAUUGGACGUGGCAGGCUGCUCAAGUGUGGAGUUGAUGUAGAACUCUGCUACUACCUCGGGGUAGAAGCAGGGGUAAGGGUAGGUGGCCAUUUUAAUGAGUCCGGUUGUUUCUAGCUUUCUGAGCAGUUCCCUCAUGAGAUCCUUGUUCUCUGCUUUCUCAAGAAUCUUAGAAAUGUUUAGGAUGGACCCGGUGAAUAUGUUUUUGGCGAUUUGAACAAAGGAGACCAUUUGUGUACGGAGAUUGUGUGUAUGUGAGAAAUCUGCGGAAGAAGGCUUUUGAGAGUAUUAAGAGAGAGUUGAGAGCUUUAGAAUUGAAAAGAAAGAGAAUGCAAAGUGAAAGUGUGACGGGUUUGUACGCAGGGAGUAUUUAUAGGCUAUCGGAAACUAGCCGUUGGAAUAUAGCUGUUGGAGAAUACGGCUGGCCUUUUCAGCAUUAACUGUGUUCAUACUGGUAGCAGGGGGCUCAUAUCUGAUUAGAUUUUUGAUAAUUUCUGAGAACAAGAUGUACCUUUUUGGAAUCCUUGAUAUGAGGUGAUCAAGAUGAUAUAAGUCAUGAGCUGAGAUUCCCUGUACAUUUGUCAGAAAUUGAGCCAACUGCUGUCUUGAAUCAGUGCCCUGCUUUAGAGGCAGUCACCUGCCGGCGAACUUCGGAAAACUCUAGGAACACUUUAGUCAAGCUCCUAAAAUGGUUUUAUCAUCACAAAACCCAUAUCAACACAAAUAACCUCUAAAAUGUUAUUUUCCGGCGAACCGGUCAUUUUGGCUUCUAAAUCCGUUCUUGGACUUAGAACUACCUUUCAAACCCCCCAUUCUACACUUCUAAAUGUGUAGAAUAAUUCUAGGGGUCCUCCAUAUAAUAUAUUAGUCAUAUGAUAGGUAAGAAAUACAGGAAAAGUUAUUAUGAGAUCAUUACCUUAAUCCUUCACACUUUUCCUCACUUUUUCCUUCUUUAACCUUUCUCCUUGGACUCCUAUUGCUUGAGUUCGAAUUGGCUAUGGAGGAUGAGUAUCUUGCAGAGCUUCUCCUCUCAAAAUUAUGGGUUUGGGCGAGCUAUAUGAUUGGGGGUGAGAGAGAGUGGUUUAUUUUGUCUCAAAUGGGAAAUGAAUGAGGGUGGGGGGUCCUCCAUGGUACCUUUGAUGCCAAAGCCCACUCAUCCACACAUUCCCUAGUCAACUCCAGCCUCCUCUCAUUAAUUUGAGCACACAAAUAUGUGGGGUGUCCCCCACUCAUGUGGGAGGUCAUCCCUUUGUGCCCCAGACUAUACAUUCGGCCCCGAAAGUUGUAAUUCUCAGACUGUUUUAAUUAUAUUUUAUUUUAUCGGGUCAAAUAAAAUAUAAAAUACAUCCUCAACUAUCACGAGACUUUAGAUUGAAUAUACAUUCCCUAGCUUUCAAUUUAGAAGUCCCCGAAAUUCAUUUCAGACUGUAUCUCAUAAAUUACUAAUGUUGGUAGUUGGGCUCGUUUGACCGACGAGUCAACGUUAUGCCUUUUCUAUGGCCCAACUAAAAUAUCCACCACCAUAUAAAUAUUAUCUAGACCAAGAUGAAUAUAAUAUGGGGUCCUGGAAUUAUCGGGUAGUCCCCGUUUCCGGUAUGGGCUCCACGUGCGAUUUACUAUUCACGUAAAAGAAUUAAUAAAAAUUUACAACCUCGUAGAUUCAUAAUUUAUUCUUCAAGGUUUAUUACAUGAUUUACUAAAAAAUAAAUAUGCUUGGGGACGGUGUUACAUUCAUGCCCCGAUACCCCUGCCCAAAAUGGAGUUGCUGAACGCAAACAUCGUCACCUCCUAGAAUUAACUAGGACUAUGCUGAUUGAAUCUUCCAUUCCCUCUAUUUUUUGGGUGGAUGCUUUAUAUACUGCCACUUAUAUUGUUAAUUUAUUAUCCACACCGCUCUUGAAGAAUUUAACUCCCUUUGAAAAGUUAUUUAAUAAAUCUCCAGAUUUUAAUUUUCUCCGUGUUUUUGGAUGUAGUUGUUUUCCUAAUUUUAUUGCCAAGUCAUCCAAUAAACUCUCAACACGCUCCACUCAUUGUGUCCUUUUGAGUUAUGCUCCGGGCUAUAAAGGUUAUUGUUGUUUAGACCUUGUUUCUGGUCAAGUGUAUAUUAGCCGGGACGUUCAAUUUCAUGAGAAUGAUUUUCCCUACACCCGCCUUACUCAUCCCUCCACCACUACCGAUGCCUUAUCCCCUACUUUAGCUUCUCCUUGGGUGCCCACCUCGACUAUGUCUAGGCCUUCCUUACCUAGUAUACCAGUAGAACACACCACUUCCCGUCUUCCACCGUCCAGCCCAACCUCACUCAUCCUUUCUCCGCCCCAAAUUGUACAAACUCCCUCGACUGCCUUCACCAAUCCUACGGAUACCCCCAGCCCACGGUCACCCACUACCUCUCCCAGUACCGUACCAUAUCCCCACCAUCCCUAGCCAAUUCGCAUGACACUACACCACCAUCCAGCAUCAUCCUUAGGCAGCCACCUAGCUCGCAUGCCUCCUCCUCUAUACCCGUUAAUAUACAUCCCAUGCAAAUCCGGGCUAAAGAUGGAAUUUUUAAGCCAAAAAGUAUUUUUAGUUUAAGUGUUGUUUCACUCCCGGAUGAUCCCACUUGUUUUUCUCAAGCUCAAAAACAUUUUAUAUGGCGGCUGCCAUGGCUGAUGAAUUUAAUGAUUUAAUUGCCAAUAAGAUUUGGGAUUUUGUUCCUUAUGACAGCACUAAAAAUGUAGUUGGUUGUAAGUGGGUGAUGGAGUAUAUGGGUCUGAGCCCCCGGACCCACAUACUCGGAAGAACAGAAAGCACAAGACACAGAGUGGCGCCCUCGUCGGCCAAGACGCCCCCGUCGGCCGAAAAGGGGCCAACUCAGAUUAUGGUCCUGAGCCCAAGGAACCCGGGUGCCCUCGUCGGCCGCGCCCUCGUCGGCCACGCCCUCGUCGGCCACGAAGACCUCCCAGAACCGGAUUUUACACUUACUCAUUUGUACAGCCCAUUAGCGGCUUUGUAUUCGGCCCAGUAGCGGUCCAGUUGUAAAUGGGCCUCCCAAGCCCAAGGCUUGGGAGCCCAGCCCGUAUUUUCUCUAUAAAUACUCCCCUUUGGGGUAAAGCAUCGUUUCUCCUCCGUUGCCUAUCCUCAGGGCAACGGGCAAGUCGAGAACGCCAACAGAACAAUCAUGGAGGGGCUGAAGAAGAAACUCCAGGCCGCAGGAGGUAGUUGGGUCGACGAGCUCCCCAACAUCCUGUGGUGCUACAGAACCACGCCGAGGAGGGCGACAGGUGAAACGCCUUUCGCCCUGUGCUACGGCUUUGAAGCAAAGGCGCCCACGGAAGUUGCCAUCCCCAGCCGACGGGUGGAACAGUACGAGCCUGACACCAACGAAGAAAACAUGAAGAUUGACCUGCACCUGGUCGAUGAGAGGCGUGAGCAAGCUUACGUCCGAGCAGAGAACUACCGGCGUCAAGUAAAAUCAGUUCUUGGGGGAACGGGCAGAGAACUACCGGCGUCAAACUCCCCCACACUUAGUUUCUUUACUUGUCCUCGAGUAAAGCCAAAUGUUUACAAGUUUUUAUGUCUUCAAUAGUUCAACAAUUUAACAAGAAAGAGCAAAAGACCACCAAGGAUUGUACAUUAGAUUUAAAUUGAGUUUUGAGCUCAAAGAUUAAUAUUUUCUUGGGUUUUAUGGCCUUCUAUGCUCUUCUCUUGUUUUCAAUUCCUUCAUUCCGCUUCUUGAGACCACCAUUGCCCUGUAAAAAAAAAGAAAUGAACCUCUAAUAUCUCUCAUUUUGCUUAGGAGCCUUUCCAGGUUUUCAUCCUAGCAUCUCGUUUUGUUUUGUUCCUUUCCAACUCACUCAUUAACAUUUUUUUAUAAGCCCUUUUUGCUUAGAUUGCCCGUUUUUGGGGUUUUCAACCUAACUAGCAUUUCCCUUUUUUUUUCUUUUUGUUUUUGUUUUUUUUAAAUGAUGCAAGUUACAAGGUUGAAACAAUUAAGUACGUACCAACGAGUGAUUCCCCCUCACUUAGCUUGAAGCAUUGUCCCUAAUGCUCGUCUCCGUCAAAGCCUGGCUGACCGCCACCAUAGUCUCCUCCACUGUAGCCGACGUCAUCCCCAAAAUUACCCCACUGAGAGGGGUCAUACCAUGACGGGUGCUGCACUGGGGGCCGCAUAGAGGAGAAGUGCCCCUGCUGAUGAUGGGAAGCAUAGAUGGGGCUAUUGCCCGUCGGUUGUCGUCGUCCAUGCGGUUGACCCAGAAGCUCAAAUCCCGGAGUCCUUCCAAUAGAGCACGUUGGUUCUCAAGCACUUGUGUUUGAUACAGAUCGUACUGGGGUGGGUCGUGAGGUGGGGCUGGAACGUCUUCAGGAAUUGGAGGGGUUUGUUCUUGUGCGGGUUCAUCUUCUUGGUUUUGAAAAUAUGGUGGGAUGGCUGGAGGGAGGCAAUAGUGGUGCACAAGAGGUGGUUCUACUCCGAACGGAAUAGUGGGUAGCCCCUCGGAGGGGAUCAUGAAGUAACAAGUGGGUUUCGGGAAGAUGGACCAUUUGUAAAAGAUUUUCCCCUUGUAAUCACGAUGAGAGAACUUGAUGUCUUUUGAAUUGCCCAGAUGUGUUAUGUCAAAAAGACAGAAUUCGGCUAUUGGUGCAUUGUCUACGUAACCGAAUUUUGUAGCUAUGUGGAGAAUAACGCCCCCUAUCCAAAUUUUUCCUUGGGCGGUGCAUUCUUUGUACAGAUGUUCCUACAUACGGUUCACAAUGUUGUAGUGGAAGGGAGGUAUGUCAAACAAUGCAUUAGCUAGAAUACAUAUAUCACCUGUUCGUGCUUGGUGAUUGUUGGGGCGUCCAAACACAAAGCUAACCAAGUAUUUCAAGAAAAUGCGUAGCACUGGGUGUUGGACAUGGGUUAUGACAAGAUUUUUGGAGCUAAAGGUCAUUUCCCCCGUCAUUUUUUCCACAAUUCAAAGCCAUACCCAGUGUCGGACUCUUGGGCGUUUUGUGGUGGCACGGGCAAGCCAAAGUGCUCCGCAAACUCACGUUUUGUUAUGGAAUGUGUUUUAUUGAAUAAACGAAACGUGAGUUUAUCCUCCCUAUCAUCAUUAUCAUCUUUGAUUCUCUCAACGAAACCCAAGAAUUCAUACACAAGUUCAUCAUUUGGGUUAUAUUUCAACCCAAAAAUUGUGCUCAUUCCCAACAAUUCACCUAAUUGAAGCAUCAUAGCAAGAAUUCCUAGCUCAUCCAAAGUAUUCAUACACAAAAAAUGGGAAUGAUGUACCUCUCUUUUAGUUUGGGCCAAGACUUUUGCCCGGUGAGCGGAUGAGGUGAUGAUGAUGUUUUCAAAGCCGGGAACCGGUGCUCUUGAAGAAGAACUUUCUCCUCUUGUCCUCUUUGGUGCCAUUUUUGCUAGAAAAUUUGGAUUUUGAGCUCCAAAUUUCGGACUUUUACGUGGUGGGGUUGGGUUUUUCGGACUUUACGAAUUUGGGAGAGAAUGUGGUGUUGAUGGGUAUGGGUGUGUAGAGGGAGAUGUGGGGAAGAUUUUGGUGGUGGUUUGGAGGGAUUUGGUGGAGAAUUCUGGGAGUAAUUUGAGAUAGAAAAGCCGGCUAUGGAGGUUUGGGGAGGGUUUGGUCGGAUUUGGGGAAGAAAUUUGGGAAGAAGAAGGUCGUUCGUGAAUUAAAAUGCUGAGCAAUCCCGCUUACCCGACCGGGUAAGUGUGUAUACCCGAUCGGGUACACGAGUUAGUGUGCUCCGGACUUUCACGUUUUAAGCAUACCCGGUCGGGUAAGUGGCUAUACCCGAUCGGGUAUCUUCCUUUUCUUUGAUUUCUGGGAUUUUCAUACCCGAUCAAGUACACGAGGCAGUGAGCUCCGGAAUUUCACGUUUUAAGAAUACCCGGUCGGGUAAGUUGCUAUACCCGAUCGGGUAUCUUCCUUUUCUUCGAUUUCUGAGAUUUUCAUACCCGAUCGACUUCUUCUCGUCGUAGUUUUUGAAAUUUUAUUUCCCUUAUACCCGACCGGAUAUAUACAUGUGCCCGAUCGGGUAUUAAGUCGUGGUGCACAAAACUUUUUUUUUGUUUUUUUUACUGAAAUGUGUAAAAAUAAAAUAAAAUAAGUAAACGUACCUUGCAUGGGUUGCCUCCCAAGAAGCGCCUCAUUUAACGUCGCGGCACGACGCUAUCAUUGUUUUCAGUCAUUCAAACUUGGAUCAUGAUAGUUUAUUUUCUUCACACUUUCACUCCUAGGACUUCCAUAGGAGUGCUCAAUUUCUCGACUCUCCACUUUGGAAUUCUUUCCAGGAUCAAAUAUCCAGAUUUUCAUUGAUUCGUGUGGUGGGAGGAAGGGGAAGAAAUUAUCGUUUAGUAUGGUCAAUAAAAAGUUUUUCGAUCCCUCAAUUUUGAAUAAUAUUUCAGAAAUGUCAUUGUCCUUUUCAAGUUUAUGAGUUUCCCUCAAAAUUUUUAGAAUUGAUGGGGGUACCUCAAAAGAUGACAAGGAUAGAUAUUUAACCUUGAAGCUCAGAUUAUCCUCUUCUUUGACCAGUUGGAGCUUCGUGUCUUUUUCUUCCUCUACUUCUUCUGCAUUCUGGAUCUCUUUUUGCAUUUCGUCUUCAUUUGUCAAUGUGAUUACAAAAGUUUGCUGUCUAGGAUCACAUUCUAUUUGAGAGGAAAGUUUUCCCGAAUCUCUUGCUUCAAGCCUACUCACGACUCCGGCUAUUUGACUCACUUGAGAUUCCAAGUUCAAAAUGCUAGACUUGGUCUCAUUUUGGAAUUGCACCAUGUUUUGUUGCAUGGUGGUCACGCUGUUAGUAAGAGCCCGAACCAUGUCCUCCGUAGACAUGUUAGAGUUGGAGAAUGGAUCAUACCUCAUGUGAGGUACAUAAUUAAUUUGUGCGAAGUAUUCUUCUUGGAGCUUUAGGAAAAAAUCCGCAAUAUGCCUGUGAGACAUGCAAAUAUCGCACGUCUUGGCAUCUUGAGUUUCUGAGCUUAAGAUAAACUCCUUUAUGAGAGAAGCCAAAACGGAAAUUUGACUCUCUAAGGAAGAUGUGUUGGUAUCCAUAUACUCAUGUAAGCUCAGAAAAUAGAAAAGUAAAUUUUAUAUAUAUAUAUAUAUAUGUUGGAGAUAUUUAAUUGUGAAUCAAGUUGGUCAUAUAUUAGCUUUAUAUUUAAUCCUUGUAUUUAAAUAGUGCAUAAAUUAGAUAGAAAUCAGGCCAAGUGUUAGGCCCAUUUAAACAGGCCAAAAGCCUGGUACGCCUAGCCUAAACCUCGCCUAUAAAAAGGGAGCCGAGGUUUAGGAAAAGGCUGAACGUCGUACUUAUUAUUCAUAGCCUUACGCUUAUUAUUCUGCUGUACGUUCCACGGUUUAUCAAAGAAGGUUUUACGGUGAUUCAUUCUGUGUUCAUCUUUACGUUUAAUCUUCCUUGUUAGAUCGAUUAUUCAUUGCUGUUACAGAAACAGGGACUAACAAUUGGUAUCAGAGCCGAUCGAGAACGAUAAGAAGAACUCCUGCAGAAUACUCUGUUUUUUGUUAACGUAGUUCAUUCUGUUGAUUUUUUGCUCUGUAAUUUUGUUUCUUGUUCAAAAAUUGUAAAAGUUACACCUUUGGAAUCGCCUUUUCAAAGCGAUCAAAGGGUAUACUUCAGUUUGUGUUUUACGCAAUUUUAGAUUUCGAGAUAUCUCGAGCUAGGCAUCUCGACAUCCUACUUCUUAACAGGUUCUGCUACGUUUUUCGAGCUGAAAACUUUACCAGAAGAUCUCGACAUUCAACUCUACAGGAAACUAUCUUCAGAUUUUGUUUAUCUGAUUUUUACAGGUUGCAGGAUUUCGACAUUGAGGAUUUCGACAUCUAGGAUUUCGAAAUCUUGAUUUCGAGAAAAGGAUUCGACAUCUGGUCUCGACAUUUGACUCAUCAGAUUAAGAUUUCGAGAGAUUAACUUCUCGACAUUUCAAAUCUCGAGAUCAGCAUCUCGAAAUUUGAAAUCUCGAGAUCCCUAAUCUUGAGAUCCUUAAUCUCGAGCCCAAAUCUCGAUACCGGGCCUCCUUUAUCGAAAUCUGAGAUUUCGAUAUUCAGAUCUCGACAUCUGAUUUUUCGAGAUUCUGCCUCUGAAAAUCUUUUGAUCAAUUUUCUCGAACGGUCAGUUUAGUACAACAAUGGGUUCAGAAUACAAUGCACAAGGGAACAACAGUACCCCUCCUAGCCUCAGGAAGGGAGAAUAUCAAAUGUGGAGGAACAGAUUUCUAAACUUCCUCGAGCACAAAGAGAACUCUUCUGCAAUGCUCGAAUCUUUGCUUGAAGGACCAGCUGAACUCUUGAUUUCAGUUGGUGGAGAUCCAGAGAAUAAUCCUCCUAUUUUUCCAGAAAUAAGGAGAAAAGUGCCGUCUGAAUACACAGAAGCUGACAAGCUCAGACUUCGUGGUGACCUUAUGGCCAAAACGUGCCUCCUUCAAGCAAUACCAAAUGAGGUUUAUGUUCUCAUAGAUAGCAUGCAGACAGCUAAGGAAAUGUGGGAUGAAAUAGAGAAGCUGCUACAAGGCACAAGCAUCAGCCUCAAAACAAAGAAGACUACGAUUCUCAUCGCUUAUGACUCCUUCAAAGCAGGUCCAGGAGAACCAUUGAAUGAGACUUACAACAGACUUGUUCAACUGGUAAAUGAACUCAGAAAGAUCAAAGUAUUCAGGUCCAAUCUGGAACUGAAUAUUAGAUUUUUAUCCAGCCUGCAUCCUGCAUGGGAAAAGACAGUGAAAGAUGUCAGAUCUCGGAUAGAUUUGGACGAAAUUGACCUCUACACACUCUAUGAACAUCUGAAACAAUUCGUCAACGAGGUUGCCUGUGCUGAGGAUCAUCACACCACAAACCCCUUAGCUCUAGUAAUGGAGGCUCAGCCAAGAAGAACAACCACUUCACUAAAGAAGAAAAAGAAGAAGGUGGUGGUUGAAUCAGAUGAUGAUGGGAGUGAUGAUGAUAAAUCUGAUCUAGAGGUUGAGCUAGCUGACUUACAGAAGAAGAUGGCACUGCUGGCCAAAAGAUUUGCUAAGAAAAACACCUCCUCCAACAGGCUUAGAACUUCCUCCUCAAACUACAAGCAGAAGAACCAUGAUCAAGGAUCUUCUAGGAAGGCAUCUUCAGCAGAAGAAGCUCCUAAAUGCUAUAAUUGCGGCAAGCCUGGACAUGUGAUCAAAGACUGCCGCCUCCCAAAGAAGAAAGAUGCUAACUUCUACAAGCAGAAGAUGCUGUGGAAUAAGCAGAAAAUGCUGAUGGUGCAGAAAAAAGAAGAAACCUCUGCCAUGAUUGCUGAAAAUGAGAACUGGGCAGAAGAUUCUUCUGAGGAGGAGGAAGAGGAAGACAACUAUGCUCUUAUGGCAAGUGUGGAGGGAGAUGAAAUAAAGGGUGAUGCUGCGAUCCACGAAAGCAAGUGCUCAACAAGCUCUGUAAGUACCUCCCAUACUUCUUUAAAUAAUCAAAUGCAGUCCUUACUUGAAAAGGACAAUCUAAUCAAAGAACUAAAGGAGAGACUAGACAAUAAUCAUAGAGUUCUGAAACAGAAUCUAGACCAAAAGUCUUCCUUAAGUAUUCAACUUGAAAUUGCAAAAGAUCAAGUCAAAAAGGUGUCCUCAGAUUUUGAAAGCUUUGAACUUAAGAUAGCUGAAUUAACUAAGAAAUUUGAGGACAGUGAACGGGAAAAAAGCACAGCAAAGGCUGAAUGCGAUUUUUUGCAUAACAAAAGAAGAACGCUUUUGAAUAAAGUAAAAGAACUAGAAGAUCUAGCUGCUAGAAGAGGUCAAUAUGAACAAACUGUUUUUCUGCUUAACAACAAACAAAAGGAUGACCGAUUUUACAAUGCUAAAACAGGACUGGGCAUAACCAACCCACGUAAUCUUAAGAAAGUUAAUUGCCUUCAAAUCUAUAACAAAGAUUACAUGGGAUUAGGGUUUGGCGAGAAAAUGUAUUUUCGAAGUGAUGAAGAUUAUGCUGAAGCAGAAGAAGAAAAGAGAAAGAAACCAAAACCUGCGAUUUCUUGUGAUUAUCCCUCUGUAAAUGAAAAACAACUUUCAGAAGAAAAACCGACUUCCUGCUUUAGUGAAUGCCUAGACCCUUAUGCUAAAGAUAUUCCUCACAUAGGACACCCUCUAUACCCUCCCGCAAGAGUUGAUAUUGCUAAAACUGGUGAGGAACCAUGUAUUUUUCCCAUUGCUCAAAAGCUCAAAAACCUACAAAAAACUCUUGAUAACGAGAGAGAGAGAUUUGAAACUGAAAAGAAAGGUUUUGAGCGCAACUGGCAGGAACUUAUUCAAAAAUUUAAUGAUUUGAGUGAGCAGUUUCAUGCUAAAACAGACCCUUCUACGACCAAGCCUGACAGCUCACACACCUCACAUGAGAAAAACAAUGCUUUUAAAGGUUCGUCCACUCAUCUCUCUUCUCCUUUGUUUACAGGGAAUGAAGUGAAUAAGGAAGGAGAAGAGAAGAAUGAGUGGAGGAAAAAGAGGAAGGAAAUCGCAGAUGGCAAAAAGAAAGUUUUUGAGAAUAACGCCAGCCCUAGAUCUAGUUCAAUUUUUUACUCAAAAGUUAAUUGUAAUUCUGUCUCUACAAAGCAAACUUCUAGUAGUUCAGUCUUGAGUCCCAAGCUGAAUAUUUCUGAGACAUCUUCUAGACAAAGUUCUAUCUAUAAUACAAGUGUUGCUUAUGGUUAUUCUGUUCCAGAUCCCCAUAAUUAUGAAUGUGAUAUGAAUGUUGUUAAAUCUAAGCCUUUCAGAAAGCUUAAACUUGAAAAAGAAACCAAGAAAGGAACUUCUAAGGGAACGUUUUGUAUUCCUGAUAUGAAAUAUGCCCUUAGAGUUCAUUCUAGGAAACAUCUUAAUCGGCUUUCUAAGGAGGAGACUUUCAAAACCAAACUUAAGAAACAACCGUUCAAUCACAAAGCACCUGUCUACUCUCCUCCUGAACCUAAAAUGAAUAGGUGGGUCCCCAAGAUAAGACCUACCAAAACUGAAACAGAUAGGUGGGUCCCCAAGAUGAGACCUACCAAAACUAAAACAGAUAGGUGGGUCCCCAAACGAAGACCCAUCCAAACUGAAACCGAUAGGUGGGUUCCCAAUCGAAGACCCAUCAUAACUGCAACUGAAAGGUGUGUCCCCAAACUUAGACCCACAAGAACUAAAAUGGAAAGGUGAGUUCACAACAUCAGACCCACCAAAAUGGAAAUUGCUAGGUGGACUCCAAAAACCAGACACACUGCAAAAGCAGAUCUGGCUAUUGGAAAGCCCAUCAAAGAUAGAUCUUUUGUUGAAAGAGCAACUGACCUUGGAUCACUGCUCAAAGCAAGAGUUAAAAAGGUGUUUCUUGAUAAUAAGGAAGGACCCACUCCAAGUUGGGUACCUAAACCUAUUUGAUUGUUUUGCAGGACGGUCAUGUAUGGCACUUAGACUCAGGAUGCUCAACCCACAUGACCGGAAUAAAGCACCUUUUGAGCAACUACACCAACUGCUACGGAGGCAAUGUCAGAUUCGGGAAUGACGCCUCAUCUCCUAUCCUUGGGUAUGGGGACGUCAUCUGUGCCAGCGUCACAAUAAAAGAUGUUUCAUUCGUCAAAGGGCUCAAACACAACUUACUGAGCAUUGGACAAUUCUGUGACAGCGGGAUGGAAGUGAGGUUCUUUGCAAAACAAUGUUGUGUUCUUGACAGUACAGGGAAUACAUUAUUAACGUGUUACAGAACAUCAAAUCUGUACACUAUUGAUCUGAAAAGCGUCCAUCCACCACUUCCAUCUGUCUGUUGUCCAAAGCUUCAACUGAACAGAACAACCUAUGGCACAGACGUCUCGCCCAUCUGAACUUCAAACAUCUAUCAACCUUGUCCUCCAAGAAACUUGUCAAGGGGCUUCCUCUGCUAAAGUCUUCCGCUGAAAAUCAUUGUAGUGCCUGCAAAAUGGGCAAAAUGACGCGAAGCUCCCACAAGUCAAAAACCGAACCUUCAUCUACUCAUCAGUUACAGCUAAUACACAUGGAUCUGUGUGAACCUAUGAGAGUACAAAGCAUCAACGGUCGCAAAUACACUCUGGUGAUCGUUGAUGACUUCUCUAGAUAUACAUGGACAAAAUUUCUCCGUUCAAAAGACGAAGCUGCGGAAAACAUUAUGACCUUUAUCAGAACGAUCCAGAAACUGCUACAGCACAGUGUUCGAAUUGUGAGAACUGACAAUGGUACCGAGUUUAAAAAUCAGACUCUCAGUGAGUUCUAUGAAUCACUCGGUAUCACUCAGCAAUUUGCAGCAGCUAAAACUCCCCAGCAGAACGGAGUUGUUGAGAGAAAGAACAGAACCCUUGUUGAAGCAGCACACACCAUGUUAAUUCAAUCAAGACUGCCUCACUUCAUGUGGGCAGAGGCAAUCAAUACUGCGUGCUUCACUCAGAACAGAACCUUCAUCCACAAGCGCUUCGACAAGACUCCAUAUGAGAUCCUAUUCAACAAAACUCCUGAUAUUUCCUUCCUCAAGGUAUUUGGCUGCAAGUGCUUCAUACUCAAUGAUCGGACAGAGAGAAGUAAGCUGGAUCCCAAAGCCAGAGAAGGCGUGUUCAUUGGCUACUCACUGCAAUCCAAAGCUUACCGAGUCUAUCUCAGAGAAAAGCGGACUGUCAUCGAGAGUGUAAACGUUACAUUCUAUGAAAUGGCAGACUUUGCUAUUGAACAUCUCCAGACCGAUCCAUCCACUGCUGUACCAGUAGCUUUUGAUAAAGCUGAACCAAACACCGAACACGACGAUGUGAUUCUCGACUCUCUCUUCAGAAACUUUUACGAGAACUCACAAUCUCCACCUCCUGCAUACACUCCAGAGUCAACAUCAACUCCAACAGCAGAGAUUCCGCUCCUCACAGGACCAGAUGACGUACCAUCCACACCCUCAACCCCUCAAACCAAUCCCAGAGGUGUGGAUGAUCACGGCUUUGCCAUAAGUCCGGAAUCAUCUCCACUACACACCACAGCUGCCCCAGAGCCUUCAAACUCAUAUCAGGACUCAGAUCAACCAAUAAUUACUCCAACUCCUCUAGCUCAUGAGAGGAAGUGGACGAGAGCACAUCCUGUUGAACAGAUAAUAGGUGAUCCAAGUCAAGGUGUGCGAACAAGAUCAGCAACAACAAAUGAAUGUCACUAUGCAUGCUUUCUAAGCAAGAAUGAACCGUCCAAUGUCUCAGAGGCACUCGCUGAUCCAGAUUGGGUGAUUGCCAUGCAAGAUGAGCUCAAUCAGUUUGACAGACUAGAUGUGUGGACACUCGUGCCUAAACCCCCUCAGAAAACCAUCAUUGGCACUAAAUGGGUGUUCAAGAACAAGAAGGACGAAGAAGGCAUAGUGAUAUGCAACAAGGCACGACUGGUCGCUAAAGGAUAUAAUCAGCAAGAGGGCAUAGACUAUGAUGAAACAUUUGCACCCGUAGCAAGAAUUGAAGCAAUCCGCCUUUUUCUUGCGUACGCGACCCACAAGAACUUUACUGUCUUUCAAAUGGACGUCAAGACUGCCUUUCUGAAUGGAGUCUUGGAAGAAGAAGUCUAUGUCGCUCAGCCCGAAGGAUUCGUAGAUCCCAGAUAUCCCGACCAUGUGUACAAACUAAAGAAAGCUCUGUAUGGGUUAAAACAGGCACCAAGAGCUUGGUAUGAUGCAUUAACCGAAUUUCUGGUUGAUUCAGGUUUCUCAAAAGGGAAGAUUGAUACCACACUUUUCAUCAAGCGACAGAAGUCUGACAUCAUCCUGAUUCAGAUCUAUGUUGAUGACAUUAUCUUCGCCUCCUCAAAUCCACGCCUGUGCAAACACUUUGAGAAACUGAUGAAAACCAAGUUCGAAAUGAGCAUGAUGGGCGAACUAAAUUUCUUUCUAGGCCUGCAAGUAAGACAACUCUCUGACGGCAUUUUCAUCAAUCAGUCAAAGUACAUUCUGGAAAUGCUUAAGAGAUUCAACGUUGACGGCAAAUCUUCCAUGACGACCCCCAUGUCCCCAAACAACAAACUGGACUCAGACCCCUCCGGGAAGUCAGUUGAUGCUACAAACUACAGGGCCAUCAUUGGAUCUUUGCUAUAUCUCACAUCAAACAGGCCUGACAUUGUUUUCUCCACAUGCUUAUGUGCACGCUUUCAGGCAAAUCCGAAGGAAUCCCAUCUGACCGUUGUUCGAAGAAUUCUGAGAUACCUCAAAGGCACUGUGAAUCUAGGCCUUUGGUAUCCCAAGCACUCAGGUUUUGACCUAGUCGGAUACUCAGAUGCUGACUUUGCUGGUUGCCGGAUGGACCGCAAAAGCACAUCGGGGGCAGUCCAAUUCUUGGGCGAUAAGUUAGUCUGCUGGUCUUCCAAGAAUCAGAACUGUGUGUCAACAUCUACGGCCGAGGCAGAAUACGUCGCGGCUGCUAGCUGUUGUUCACAAAUAUUAUGGAUGAAGACCCAGCUAAAGGACUACGGUUACACACUCCGCCAUAUCCCGAUCUACAGUGACUCACAAAGCGCCAUAGCCAUCACCAGCAACCCGAUUCAUCACUCCCGCACCAAACACAUCGACCUGCGCUAUCAUUUCAUCAAGGAUCAUGUGGAAAAAGGAGACAUUGACAUGUAUUUUGUAAGCUCAGAGCUUCAACUGGCUGACUUGUUCACUAAGGCAUUGGAUGAAAAACGAUUCCAGUUCCUAGUCUCCAAGUUGGGCAUGUUGAACCUCGAGCCCGUUUAAUUAUGUCUCCACUGAUCUAAAAAGUGUGUGUGUGUGUGAGACUUGUAAAAAGUGUGUGUGUGGGAUUUGUAAAUAGUGUGUGUGCGUUGCAUGUGUUGAGGGGGAGAAAACCAGAAAAAUAACAAAAAUAGUGUGUGUGCGUUGCAUGUGUUGAGUGGGUGAAAAAUAAAAAAGAACAAAAAUAGUGUGUGUACGUUGCAUCUGUACAUAUUGUUCGUUGCAUUUUUUUGAGGGGGAGAAAAUUUUCACUAUUUGAGGGGGAGCUAAUUUUCACUGAUUAAGGGGGAGCUCUCUAUUUUUUUACUGUUUGGACCUCGAAAAUCUUUUAAAAGGGCACUGUGUGCCAGCCCAAUCAUUCGGGCUCAAUUGUUACGGAGGAGGUCCAAAAAUUUUUCUCGCGUAUAUAAGUCCAAAUUAAAAACCCUUCGCUCCAUUCUCUAUUUUCUCGAAGGCCAAAAACUUUUUCGCAAAGGCAGAGCUCUCAGACCUUUCUUAUUCUUCCCAACCUUACGAUCUCGCAAUCCCCUUCUCUCUUUUCUUCUUCUCGACAUUCCUAAGAAGGUAGUUUCUCUUUGCUUGCGUUCAAAACCCAAAAGCGAUCGAUCGAUCUCGAAAACCCGAAAACGAAUGUUUGAUUUCGCGAAAAACCCUUGGAAUUUCUCAAAAUCAUAAUCAAAUUAGCUUGUUUUUGUUUGAAUGUAUGUCGCAAUCUUAUUGUUUUCAUGUUUACUAUAUCUGUUUAUGCUUUUGCAGGUGGUUUAAAUCUCUUCGAAAUCGUCGGUUCAUCUUCUCGAAAUCAAGAUCUCGAGAUGGGCAUCUCGACAUCUUGAUCUCGAGAUUUGAAUCUCGAAAUCGAGAUCUCGAGAUCUUCAUCUCGACAUCUUGAUCUCGAGAUUUGAAUCUCGAAAUCAAGAUCUCGAGAUCUUCAUCUCGACAUCUUGAUCUCGAGAUUUGAAUCUCGAAAUCAAGAUCUCGAGAUCUGCAUCUCGACAUCUUGAUCUCGAGAUUUGAAUCUCGAAAUCAAGAUCUCGAGAUCUUCAUCUCGACAUCUUGAUCUCGAGAUUUGAAUCUCGAAAUCAAGAUCUCGAGAUCUGCAUCUCGACAUCUUGAUCUCGAGAUUUGGAUCUCGAAAUCAAGAUCUCGAGAUCUGCAUCUCGACAUCUUGAUCUCGAGUUCAGAUUUCGAGAUUUAGCAAUUUUUUUUCAAAACUCCACCUGCAUAAACUUAUCUGACAACUGCAAAUCAAACUCUUUCAAUCAAAUCAAACAGUUGAACUUCAUGUGCUGACCCCCUGCUUCUACAGUUUAAAAUGGCAGGAAACACUCAAACACAGAUUGACGACGCCAUCUACCCUAAGGGCAAGUGGAUCAAGGUGCUGGACAACAACUUCCAGCUAGACCUCACCGUCUUCAAGUGCCAGAACCCGAUCAUUCCGGCCAUAAUGAAAGGUCACUAUCUCUGGCUUGCACUUCACAACGCCAAACCAGUGCCAGAGAUAUACCUACAACAAUUUUGGGGUCACAUGCACACGGAUUCAUUGAAGGAUCGUUCCAAGAUCAAGACCAAGUUGAACGGCAUGCGGGUGAUUCUGACACCAUCCACUCUACGGACUACUCUAUCGCUGCCGAUACAUGACGAAUACGAUGCACUGCCGUCCAUCCCAGAUCUAUUGAAAGACGUGGCGUCCCUAGGCUACACCUCAUUACUGCCACAACUCUCCAACUUUAACGGAGCAUAUCUUCACCAUCCGUGGAAAAAUCUAUUUGGGCUGGUGAACAAGUGCCUGUCGCCUAAGCAUGCCGGCUUCGACAAGUGCAACAAGCAAAUAUUGCUGGUCUUUCAUGGCAUCGCGUUCAACAAGAACUACGAUCUGGCUCAACUCUUCUACUCAGAGCUAAUGGACCUGGUCAAGGCCAAAGAAAAGAAUAGUCCAGGUACCAUUCUGUACGCUAGGUGGCUUGGGUUGAUCAUCAACGACCUCAUGGCAGAGCAUUCAACAAUCCCAAAACGCAACUCCGAUCCACAUUUCAAAGCCCCAAAGCUGCAAUACUUCAAAGCGGACAAAAACCCGACCUAUGGUCUGAGGAUUCCUGAGUUUCUGCUCAACCUUGUGAGGUCUUCAAACCCAGCUAUUCAGCAAUACAAGGAAGCAAUCGAGAAGACCGUCCCUAUGGUUCAGCAAAACCCAGCUGGACCUACCCAAGGGACAAAACCGAGUGUUGGUAAGGGUCCCAAGAGAGCCCAAAAGCCACAGAAACCAGUGGCCGGUUUGCCCAAUGAAGGGAAGUCUGACGACUCUCUAGAGACGAGUCAGGCGGCUGAGGGCACCGAAAAAGACGCUGAGGAAACGGCCAAUGAAUCGUCUAGUGAAGCCCAAACAAACACUGACGACAAGGCUUCCGAGAGCGUGGGCACGGAGAGUGAAAAAUCUGACUCGGAUGAUGACGAUGAUGACAACGAUAGUGAUGAUGUGGAGCUCACAUAUGCACUGAUCAGAAAAGGGAAGCUGCCCGUCGAAUCUCCGAAGAAGAGAAGAAUUAAUGUUGAAGACGCAGCACCAAUCAUAGCUCGCAGACCUCAAGUCUUCACCAUAAAAGAAAAAGCUAAACCAAAAGCUGAUCCGAGCGAGACUAAUUGCUCCAAGGAUGAUUACGACGAGGCAGCUCACUCCAUCAAGACAUCAAUCAACCAGGAAGAAGUUGUCAUCCGAGAGACCAGGGCUAAGGUCAAAAAUGACAAGGCUGCUAAGGCCAAGCCCCAGCCCCGAGCUAAAAAGAGUCUGUUUGACAAGGCAGACGAGCACAUCUUUGCGGGCUGCGACUCCUUUAUCCAGAUAAGCCGAGCCGAAUCCCUAAGCACAGGAGCCGAUCUUUUCGGUUCCCGGGUAGAAGUCGCAGCAUCUGGCUCAACUGCGCAUGCACAGCCCUCUCCCAGCCACUCAAUUGCCUCUCAAAAGGCCAUUGUUUCAAAAGAACGGGACUCAACCCCCUCGCUGGUUCCUUCUGAAUCAGUUGAGCAUACAAUUGACCUAUCUCCCGAGGUCAAAACCCCUUCUUCUCUCACAUCGAGUCUAGGUGUCACAUUUCCCACGUUUUCUUCCUUUUCUAGGACACCUACACUAUUCACUGCACAUACAGGUGCACUCACCCUGAACGCAACAACCAGAGCGCAAGUUAUUGACGGUUGGAAGCCCUGCUACGCUCAUAAUGAUUCCAUCAUUAAAUGCAGGCCACACAUCAGCAAUCUUCACUGAUGCUGUGUCAACAGUUACAACCCCCGUAACUGGUCACCCUACCUUUGAAGACGUCAACGUUCUACUAAAUCGCUUCCUGGAUUCCACCAUUAAGCCAUGGGUGCAAGAUGCAAUGACCGCUCUAGCACAGGAAUUUAGGACCACCCAAUCGGUUCGGUCUGAACAGACACCACCCCAACCUUCCCCUGAACAAUUCAUCUCCCAUACACAACCCAUAUCCUCCACCCCUCUAUCCCACCAAUCCAUAAACCAAAUUCUCAUACCUUCUAUUUCUCGGGGAACCCAGAAUACAGAACCAGUAUUCUCCCCACACCCGACCACACCCUCCAUCGAUCUCUCCUCCCUAUCCUUUGACAUACUAGCUUCGGCUCUGCUGAAUAACCUCUUAAAUACCCCAGAAGACAACCUCACUCUUCAUCAGCAAGCCAUACUAGAAGCUCUUCUUUCCUCACCCGAAACCAAGAGUACUUGCAAGGAGAGUCUUCGUGGUCGCAAACGUUCCCAUGAGGACCCCGAUGAUUCGGAUCCUCAUGAGGGGGAGAACAAGCGACCUCGAUCACUUGAGCAAACUGCUCUACCAAGCCAAACUCCACAGCCAAUUCAACUUGAAACCUCAACAAAUCAACAGCCACCAUCCACAGCCAAACUAUCUAGCAUGGUCGAGCUAGAAAUAACAUCCCGAGGCGUAUCUCCCAGAGAUACCAACCGAGGAGGGGAUGGAAGUCCUGAUGAUGUUACCACUGGUACAUCUUCUCCAUCAGGCCAUCAGUUGGAACCCAGUUCUAAGCUGAUGUCAACGGGCAAUCCUAGUGAACCCGGUAGUGCUACACAGGAACAAUCACCGCCUGAACAAAAAACUCCAUAUAUUUCCCCAGGCAAAGACAUCCAUGAUGCACUGGAAGAGGCGGUGAUAUACGACAAAUGGCCAAGAAAAUGGACAGAAUGGGAUGAUCUUCGGGUUGAAGCCGAGGAAGAGGACAUGCAAAGAAACUGGUGACUACGAGAGCUGAUCAACAAAUGCUCUGAAGAUAUUAUACGGCUCGAGGACGAUGAACGCAAGGAAGGGGUGAAUUACAAGGAAUCCCAGAAGACUCUUGAAUCAGUCGUAAGACAAACAGCGGGAAGACUUCCCAAGACAGAGAAACCCUGGGAUAAUGUUCGUAUCAAAGCCCCCUUCCAAGAAGAAAUCAGAGAGCAUAUCUGGCGUAGACCAGACAAAGUCAAGCCACUGAACGAACUGAAGCUAAGAGGCCUUACUCACUUGAAAGGAAAGCAGGCUGGAGGUCAUCUGCAUAUGUUGCUGCAAAGGUCAACCGGUACACAGAGAGAACUAAUGGAACAAGAUCUGAAGUCGAAUAUUCUCCCGAUUCAUCAAAUUCUACAAGUGAAGGCUGAAGACUAUCAUGGAGUAACAUUCUACACUUACAGACUUCAACGCACCGAUGGGAGCGAAUUCACUUGUCAAGAGAACGACUUCAUCAUGCUGAAACCGGAUGACAUCUACCAAAUGCUCAUGGCCUACAGAUACCUUCCAGUCAGGCAGAGCAUAGUAUACAGCGAAUGCCUCGCAGCUAUCAAGAGAUUCAUGCUUAGACAGAUCCGAGUACACUCUUCACAUGACCUACAGAUGGCUAUUGAAUGCAAUCUGAAGAAGACAAAUCUGACAAAGCCAAGACUGUAUGGUCCAGAACUUGAAGAUUUCCCAGCCUACCACAUCUUCUUCACACCGCCAGCAGUCACCUAUCUGAACCACAAGAACAAAAAGCGUCUGAUGGUAGUCAGUGAAAUCGAGAAGUACUGUGACGGAACACUGAAGAUAAUCAGAGAGCAGAUUCUACAGAUGAAGGCAAAGCUAGAGGAAAAUCUUCAAGAGGCAUCGUCUUAUGUUCAAAAGGAACACUCUACUGUAGAGACAAUUUUAAAGGCCAUUGACGAUCGCCUCGAAAAGAGAAAUGUGCUGAGGCAGUAUGAACAUGCACUUGGUUUGAGGAAGCACUACUUCAAAUCACAGAAGCAAUAAGAGAAUGACACUUGAUCACAAAGGGGGAGAUUGUUGGAGAUAUUUAAUUGUGAAUCAAGUUGGUCAUAGAUUAGCUUUAUAUUUAAUCCUUGUAUUUAAAUAGUGCAUAAAUUAGAUAGAAAUCAGGCCAAAUGUUAGGCCCAUUUAAACAGGCCAAAAGCCUGGUACGCCUAACCUAAACCUCGCCUAUAAAAAGGGAGCCGAGGUUUAGGAAAAGGCUGAACGUCGUACUUAUUAUUCAUAGCCUUACGCUUAUUAUUCUGCUGUACGUUCCAUGGUUUAUCAAAGAAGGUUUUACGGUGAUUCAUUCUGUGUUCAUCUUUACGUUUAAUCUUCCUUGUUAGAUCGAUUAUUCAUUGCUGUUACAGAAACAAGGACUAACAAUAUAUUUUUUUGUUUUUUGAUUUUUAUGAGAUAAAAUAAACAGAAAAAUAAUUGUAUUUCCCCGGCAACGGCGCCAAAUUUGACGAGCACUUUGUCACGGUGCGUCAAAAUAAUUUUCAAUACUAACACUUAUACGUAGUAUAGCGUAGUAGAGUUCGUAUCCACAGGGAAAGGAAUGAUUCUCUUUUUAUGAAACUAGUAAUUAAAAAGGGGGGUUUUGGUUUUGAGUGAUUUAAUUCAAUUAAGAAACUAAGAUGAACAACCUAUAUGCGUUUAAUUCAAGAAUAAAAGGGACUUGGCUUUGCUACUUUCCACUUGUUGAUAUAUUUUAGUCGAUCCUUGUUAUAUCUAUAACUUAUCCCCUCUCGAAUACUCAAUCGAGGAGUAUCUCCAAUUCAUCGAGGGUAGUUAUUAACAACGACCGUUCAUUAAUAACCCUUACUAUUAAUCAAAUAUAGAACAACGCCGUAUAUCGAUAUAAUAGUAGCAUUCAAUCUUUUUAACUCCUUGAUGAAAUCAAUUGAGAUUGAUAACCUUAACACAAUGGUUUCGGUUUAACCAACAAAAUUGAUACCUCUUAAGUUUAUUAACCACGACCGUGCAUUAAUAAACCGAAGUUACUUACUUAUGAAACCACCAAAGAUUAACCAUCGGUUCGUUGAUCGUUUCUAGUAGUAAUUAAUGUCGGAACGUUAACUAAUCCUCACUUAGCAACCCUCCAACAUUAAUAUAGAAUGAGAUUAAGGGAAGAACUAAUAAUCAAGAGAAGAAGUUAAGAAAAUAACUCACAACUUUAAUAAUCAACAAGCUUCAAGAGCAAAACCAAGAAUGGAAGUUUAGCUCCUCAUUUGGAGACUAAACAUAGCUAGAAAAAUAUAAAGAAAUGCUAUUCUAAACUGAGCUUAAGAGUAUGGAAGAAGGAAUGUUUUUAUUGUGAAGGAAAGGGGUGUAUUUAUAGGCUUUUGGGAGCUGCAGGGGCUGAUACCCGACCGGGUAUAUAGGAUACCCGAUCGGGUAUCUUAGGAAAUUUCCCGGAAAGCCACAUUUCUGGACAUACCCGGUCGGGUAUGUCGGUUUACCCGAUCGGGUAUGUGACAAAUCUUUACGAAAAUUUGCUUCCACGAUCCUUUGUUCCCAGAUUUGAUUUGGACAACCGAAUCAAGCAAAUACCCGAUCGGGUAUUGCCUAUACCCGACCGGGUAUAAGAGUAAUUUUUCCAAAUCGAAAUCUUUCUUGUCUCCUUGCACUUUCCUUGAUCUUUUGAGGUCCAAUCUUGAUCCCUUGGAUGAGCUUUGACCUGUUUAGCUCAGAAUAGUCCUAAUCUAAACAAAUUACAAAUAAUUAUGAAAACAAAGUAUUACACCAAAAAUGUGUAAUUUCCACAACUAGAACUAAUAAAAACUAGUUAAAAUACAAACAUACAUGAUAGGAAAUUCACACCAUCAGAUCCACCACUUUCUUGAGGUCUUUGGAACGCCUUUCCCCCGAGGCGGUCUUGGACCCCUUGGCGGUCUUGCACCCCUCCGAGCCUCUCUAGGGCGGAGGUCCGGGGCCUUUCUUUGUUUGCACCAUGGCGGUCCCGGGAUUGGACUUCCUGAGAGGCGGUGUCUUGGGCCACGACCUCCUCGUUGUUCCCUAGCCGAAAGAUAGGGUUCAUGAAUGGGAGGGGAGGAGGGGGAGGAAUGUCGUUCUCCCCGACCUGUGGCUGAAGGGGUACCAGAGUGCCGAAGGUAUCUGGGUUUUGAGUGAGUGUUUGGAUGAAGGCGGAGAACGCCGAUUGCACGUCAAUAGUGAGAACUGGAGGGCUCACUUGGUUUUCGCUCCGAUCCUUUUUCCUAGCCUCGAUGCCAAGGCGGGUAUCAGGGGCAUUUUGUUGGAGCUAAAGGCGUAGGUCGACAGCCGUCUGGUCCAACCCGACAAUGACGCCGCCCUCGGAAGCCCUGUUAGAGGCUUUGGGGACGUCAACUUCGCCGAGGGCCAUGUUCCUGUCCUCAACGUUCUUGGAGUUGGCACGAGUUGUUCUCACCAUUUUGGUAGGUGUUUUGUGUUUAGCGAAGGGAAGGGGAGGGUUUCUUACUUGAUUGUUUGACCUCUCAACGAUAGCACCAAAUGAUGGAUAAGUGUACCCGGUGGGUAGUUUAUCCGAGGGAUUACUGCAGGAGUAACUUGAGAGAAGUCAGAGCAAAAGUAUAGGGAGAGAGUGUAUAUUGAUAAUGAAUGUUGUGUACUGAGCCUUGAUUACAAAUGGGGAAAAGGGGUGCUAUUUAUAGUAGCAAUAAAUGCCAGGUAAGGACGCAUGUCAUCAUUCUGGUGGUCGAGGGGUCACCUCAACCGCGUGGCACUGGCACUCGCAUGUGGCCGCAUUUAAUGCGGUGGUUGGAUGCGACGUUUGUACUUGGUACGUUGAUCCAGCGCAUGUGGAGCGGAGAUCCUAUCAAGGAAGAUGCCUUCGGCUGUAGGUGGCAGGCCGAAGGCUCUUCAUCCCGGGGGCCUCCAGGUGCCGAGAGCUCUAGGUGCCCAGGGCUACUAUUUUUGCCGUUUUCUCCCAGUAACUUCGAGCGCUUAAAAGCAGUUGUACUGUAAUUUAUGAGCCUUCGGUCAUGGGGGCCGAAGGCACCCAAAUGUACGUCGUGGGCUGUUUGGAACUUGGGGCACUGUGAUUUGGGCCUGCUAUGCUUCCUGGGCCUAUUGGGCCUGCAUUACAAUAGUGGGAGUCUAUGGACCGGGGGUUCCUGGGCCAUAUACUCCAUCACAUGUCUUAAUAUAGCACUUUGUUGAUUCAAACUUUUUCGGUGUGAGAUUCUCACACCCCUCCUCAUGACCAGACGCUUUGUCUGGAUCGUGUCGUCGGUCAUUUUUUCGUCGGUUCGUCAUUGUCAUUUUUUUAAUUGUGUCGUCAUUUUUCAUAAGGGGGCCCACACCAUGGUUAUGGAUCGGUUUGUCUCUCAUACCAUGUUAAGACACGAAGUUCCAUCCUGAAAGAUCAACCUGAUAGGAGGAUUAACUCAUGUCUUAAUAUAGCACUUUGUUGAUUCAAACUUUUCUGAUGUGGGAUUCUAACUGUGAUUCUAACAAGUUCAAAUAAAAAAAUAUCAGUUGAAGAUUUUUGCGUCCAAAUUUUUUACCGAUGUAAAUCCAAGUGCUAAAAUUAUGAUCUCAUUGUUAAAAUAUUUUUUUCAAACAUAUCCCUGUUACUUUUUCUAUAUUUUAUUAAUGAAAUAUAUUUUAAAUAUAAUCUUUUCAUAAAUCAGUUGAAUUAGUCAAUACAAUCACUAUUGUCAAAUCUUCAUAAGUUUAUCAGAAUCAAUCGAUUCAAAUGACUUCAGUGUUACCAAAGAGGUUGUUAAUAAAAAGCAUUAGAGCUCAUACUUUAUACUCCGUAUAAAAAAUUUUGCAAAUAAAUAAAGCACCGGAUGUGAAAAUCGAUCUUCGGUUUUUAGAGUUUCAUACCACGUGUGUCGUUAAAACAAGUAUGUAUCCAUUAUAUUGCCGUCAGUUUUUAUUGAGUUUUUUCCGGAAUAAUGCUAAUUAAAUAAAUUAUUCUCGAAAUACUGCCGGGUUAAGAAUAAUUCCCAAAAUACUGCUGGAAUUAACCACGGUUAAGGAAAGCCGCCACUCCAAGUGGCGGCUCUUGUAUUUCACGUUUUGUUCUUACCCACAACCUUCCACUUGGAAAAACUAUUUUCAUUCUAUUUCACGUUUUUCUUGGACAAAGUAAUUAGUUCCAUCAAUGCAUCGGAAGGAGAAAUCAAAUUAGUCGAUGAAGACAUAUCUGGAGUGAUUGUCGAAGGAGAAAAAUCUUGAAUAUCAGCUUGAAAAAGUACACAGAGAUCGAAAAAUCAUGAUUGUUACCAACUCUAUCAAGACCUGACAACAAAUCUGGUACCAUUUUUAUUGACUCUAAAAAAUAUUUCAACAAAUUAAUGACUUUGAAUAAUCCUGCUAAGAAAUCUCUGAAAGCUGAUUGAUUUCUUCCUUCAGGACAAAAAUAGAGUCAAUCACUCAAUCCCUUUCUAAUUAUUACGGAUUAUUAUUGUUUUUUCUUGUUCUUGCAUUGGUGGUUUGUCUGUUUUUUUAUUUAAACUCGGGAUUUUUAUCUGGUUGAACUCGCUUUGAAUAUCAUUUUUCUAACAUUCUAUGUAAAUAAAAAAUAAAUUAAAUAAUACUUCCUCCGUUCCUUUGGAAUUGCAACAGUUCAUUUUUCAUGUUUGCCAACACACAAGUUUGACCAUUAAUUUCUUCCGUUCCUUAUUACAGUAUUAAAAAAAAUUAAAAAAAUCAGUUUUUGAAAAUUUAGGAUGAGAAAAAUUUAACAAUAUUUUUAAAAAUUUAAUUUAUAAUAAAUUAAUAAAUAAAAUAUAAUCAAAGUAGAAUUAAUGAAUAGUGCAAACAGUUCAAUAUUGCAUCAUCGUUAAUUUUAAUAGUUCAAAGAGAACGGAUGUAAUAUUGUGUACAUAACUAUAUAUACCCCUGUAUUAGUGAAUUUAGUAGUUAGUACCGGGUGGGAUUUUAUAUAAAAGCAUCAUCGUUAAUUUUAAUAAUUUUAAAAAGUCAUCCUUCACAUUUAAUUACAAUUAUAUAAUUGUGGACAUAUAAAAAUUACUGGGCCAACUAUGAUAGCUUUUGAGCUCUUAAAA